CCUGCCCAUGGCGCCGGCGUACGAUCUGCAAUGCAGCUUGCUAGAGGAAGGACGGCUGCCGCCACGCCUCGUGCCAAAGCCCAAGAAAACCAACCCUCCGUGGGUCCGCGCAUUCAGGGCGUUCGGCAACACGGCCUGUGUACUAGUGAUAAUCUUCAUCUCCGCGGUCCUGGUUUCACGGAGAAGGGACAUGGACCGCCUUCACCUGUUUGGCAAUUGCGCCAUGAUCGUGCUCCUCUCGUUUGGCUUCCCUGUCAUUGCAUACUUCUUCACAAUGGACCUUGAUGAUGGUCUACCUCAAGGCGCAUGCAAUGCAUGAUGCAUGGCUUGAUUAUACUCCGAGCCUUACAAGCAAGUCUUUGACGGUGGUGGUUGUGCCCCUAGC